AUGGCGCUGGGGAGUGGCCUUCACCUGGGGGACCUUGGGGUGCGGGCCCUGAUAGCUUGUUCAGGAUGGAAUCAGCACCGGAAAGCGGAAGCAGCUCUGCCAUUACGCAACACCCUGCAGUUAAUGUCCCUGAACUUGGCCGACCUGUUUGUCAGCACCGGGGCUGGCGAAGAUAGCACGGAGCGGAGCGCACUAGGGACACAGGGUGACCCGCUCCCCGCUCGAGAGGAAUGGGGGCUGUUUGUGCAAGCUGACAGCUGCCUUCUAGAGAGCAGGCACAUCGCUGACACGCACUUCCCGCGUUUCAGAAUCAGCCGUCACGGCGGUGUGCCUUUGCGGGAGCGGGGGAUUGAAGAAGGAAGCAAAGCCGCGGCCGUGGACAAGUUACUGGCUGGAGACGAGAUCGUCGGCAUCAACGACGUCGGGCUCUCGGGGUUUAGACAGGAGGCCAUUUGCCUGGUAAAGGGGUCCCACAAGACCCUGAAGCUGGUGGUGAAAAGGAGGAGCGAGCUGAGCUGGAGGCCGCACUCCUGGCACGCCACCAAGUUCUGCGACGGCCCCCCCGAGGCGGUGAUGGUGCCCUUCGCCCCUGCGGGCGGGGGCCCCUCCUGGCACGGCCGGCACCACGCCAGCUCCUCCUCACACGACCUGUCCGGCGCUUGGGAGCCGUCGAAUCUGCAGCGCACCUCUGACCACUUCAGCUCCCUGGGGAGCGUGGACAGCCUGGACCACCCUUCCCAGCCCUCCGGGCGACUCUCGGCCGCCAAGUCCAGCAGCAGCAUCGACCACCUGGGCGGCCCGAGCAAGCGCGACUCGGCGUACGGCUCCUUCUCCACCAGCUCGGGCACCCCUGACCACACCCUGCCCAAGGCCGACGCCUCCUCCACGGAGAACCUCCUCUACAAAGUCGGGCUGUGGGAGGCCUCCAAGCCGGGCGGCCGGCAGGGCCAGGCCGGAGACGCCGCGGGCCCGGAGGAGCAGCUCGGGCACUUCCCGCCCAGGGCCGCCAGCGACCGCAGCAGGAGCCCCAGGCCCGAGGGCAGCCUGGAGCCCAGGCCGCACGAGGAGCUCCCGGGCACCCAGGAGCGGGCGAGGGCUGACCCCUGGGACAGAGGAGCCGAGGGCCGAUCUGUGGGGGCUGGCGACCCCAACCAAGCCGAGCGCAGGGUGUUCGCGGACGGCUGCAGGGGGGCCGACGGCUUGAGCGGCCAGAUCUCUCCGCAGAAGACCCCCAUGCUGCACUCCCUAGCCCAGGAGGGGGUGUGCCAGGCUCAGAACGGCCACCUCGGUGGCACGGAGAGGCCCCCGCCGUUUGACAGCCAGGUGGGCAAGGCCAUACGCAGAAGUGACCGCUUUGCCACCACCCUGAGGAACGAGAUCCAGCUGCUGCGAGCCAGGCUGCAGAAGAGCGCAAGCGCCGUGACGCUGCCGGGCGCCGCCGAAGCGGGGGACCCCGAGCCCGGCGCCUGGAGGGCCGAGCUGGGCGGCGCCACCGGAGCCCCUCCAGAAGGUUCUUCCUCGGGCGCCUACAAAGAACAGCUGAAGGAGGCCCAGGCCCGGGUUCUGAGGGCCACAACUUUUAAGCGCCGAGACUUGGACCCCAGCCCGGCCGACCAGUGUCUGGCGGCAGCAGAGCCCAGGGCCGGGGUCCUCAACACCCCCUCUCUGUUCCCCGGGGCUCCCGACACUGGCCCGGCCAAGGCAGCCUCCUCGGGGGGCGGCGGGCCGCACGUUCCGCGCAUCGGAGGCCGGAAGCGCUUCACCGCCGAGCAGAAGCUGAAAUCCUACUCCGAACCCGAGAAGAUGAACGAAGUGGGGCUCUCGGGGCGCUACCGCCCCCACCCAGUGGCCGCCGAGGACACCGUGGGCACGUUCGCCGACAGGUGGAAGUUUUUCGAGGAGACGAGCAAACCGGCCCGCCAGCGGGCUGGGCAGACACCGGUGUGCGGGGUUCCGAGGGAGGGCCCCGGGUGGCCGCAGGCAGCCGGCCGCGGCCUCGAGGGCGCCGAGCCGUGGCUCCAGGGGAGGGCGCGCACCACCUCCUUUGGGGAAAACGCCGCUGCACCCCGGCGGCCGGGGAAGCUGGGGACGUCAGACCCACCGCAGAGACUCGGAACCUUUGCUGAGUAUCAGGCGUCUUGGAGGGAACAAAGGACCGCUCUGGAAGCCAGGGGUUCUGGAAGGUACCACUCUGCAGACGACAUCCUGGACGCCAGCCUGGACCAGCACCAGAGGGCACAGUACGUUCACGAGAGGUCCCGGUCAUCUCCGUCCAAAGAGCUCUACACGCAGGAAGUGUCAGCGGAGGCGCGGCUGUGCGCGGCAGACCCCGGCGAGCACGGACAGCCUCCCGGCGCGCUCCGACCGCAGGCAGCGCGCCCCACGCCCAGACCAGCCGACGCUGGCAGUGGCCACGCUGCGGGAGCACAGAGCAGCGAGGCGUGGAACCCGUGCCCGGCCUCUGAAGCGGCCGCUGCCCGGGGAGCCGCAGAGGGGCCCCCUGACGGCUGCGGUGGGGCGGGCGCCCUCCCUCGCGAUUGCAGAUUCUCAGCGGAGCUCGUGCCGGCAGACCCCUCGCUGGUGCCGCUCACCAAGAGGCCGGCCCCGCAGAGGCCUCCGCCACCCCGGCGCGAGCCCAGGCCGUUCAGGGGCCCGGCGGGCGCGCCUGGGCUAACUCACCUGGCCGCACCUGGCAGGCCCCUGCCCACGCCGUCGCCGGGGGCCCUGGACGUGUGCCUGGACCGCCUGUCUGUGUCCUCGGCGGACGGCCAUGUAGGGGCGCGCGCCGCCUGCCAGGAAGCCCCGCUCCCUGCCCCCAGCCGGCCCCCGCACGCAGCCAUGGAGACCUCCCGCUCGCCCUCACCGCAGUUCGCGCCCCAGAAGCUGACGGACAAGCCUCCCCUGCUCAUCCAGGAUGAGAAUGCUACCAGGAUCGAGCGGGUGGUGGACAACAACACCACCGUGAAGAUGGUGCCCGUCAAGAUCGUGCACUCGGAGAGCCAGCUGCAGGAGAGCCGCCAGGGCCUGGCGCGCGCCCGCGUGAAGAUGCGCACCGCCGUGGACCUGAUGGAGGGCAUCUUCCCCAAAGACGAGCACCUCCUGGAGGAGGCGCACCAGCGCAGGAAGCUGCUCCCCAAAAUCCCGUCUCCUCGGACCCCGGAGGAGAAGAAGGAGGAGUCCAGCUUGCCCGCAGCCACGCCCCUGGCCACCAGCUCUGCCUACUACAGCACGUCAGCCCCCAAGGCCGAGCUGCUCAUCAAGAUGAAGGACCUGCAGGAGCAGCAGCCCGAGCAGGACUCCGGAAGCGACUCGGACCAUGACCUGUCCGGGAAGAAGCAGGAGCUGGUGGACAGCAUCGGCCGCAAGCUGCAGGUACUCCGGGAGGCCCGCGAGAGCCUGCUGCAGGACAUCCGGGCCAACGGCGCGCUGGGGGACGAGGUGGAGGCCAUCGCCAAGGACGUGUGCAAGCCCAACGAGUUCGACAAGUUCCGGAUGUUCAUCGGGGACCUGGACAAGGUGGUCAACCUGCUGCUGUCGCUGUCCGGCCGCCUGGCCCGCGUGGAGAACGCCCUCAACAACCUGGACGACAGCGCUUCUCCUGGAGACCGGCAAUCGCUGCUGGAGAAGCAGAGGGUCCUGAUCCAGCAGCACGAGGACGCCAAGGAGCUCAAGCAGAACCUGGACCGGCGUGAGCGCGUCGUGUUCGACACCCUGGCCAGCUACCUGAGUGAGGACAGCCUGGCCGACUACGAGCACUUCGUGAAGAUGAAGUCGGCUCUGAUCAUCGAGCAGCGGGAGCUGGACGAUAAGAUCCGCCUGGGCGAGGAGCAGCUGCAGUGCCUGCUUGACAGCCUGCGGCCCGAACGGGGCAAAUAGGCCCCCCGCGCCCCCCACCCCGGCAGCGGGCGCCGAGCGGGCCUCCCCCGUGACACCCGCCUGGGCCUACGGCCCGCCCCGGGGCCCGUGCGGUCCUAGAAAGCAAUAAGCCCCCGGCGAGUCUGGGGUGAUUUCAGUUCCUGUUUCCCCGCCGAGCGCCGAGCAGGCCGCGGCCCGUCCUGCUGUCCUCGUGUGAGUCCACGUGUGUUGGCGCUCCCCGGCGUCCUAUGCCCGGCACCCACCGCCCGGGAGUCCCCGGCC